GGACACUCUUGACAAUGUCAACAAUUACUUGGAAGAGUAAAUACAAGAUGAACUACAUCUUGAUGUUAGCUCUUAUAUUGAUGAUUGUUAUAUUCAAUGCUGAGAGUAAAGUAAUUAAUGGUAGUAGAAGUAGAAGUAGAAAUAAUAGCGCUGCAACUAUCACUACUACCUCUAAUAAUAAGAAAGUAACCGAAUCGAUCUCAAAGAAGGAUGAAAAUUACAUUCCAAUUAAAUGUCCACCUAAUAAGAGUUUAUUAUAUCAAUUUAAAACAACAACAUUAAUUGGUAAUAGUGGUAUUUCAAAGAAGGGAUCUCACAGAGGACAAUCAGGUCGUUCUGAAACUAUUAUAUCUGGUUCUAUUAUUUUAACAUGUCCUUCAAAAUCUAUUAGAAACAAGGCUUUAUCUAUUGAUCCAUCUACUACUACAACUACUCAAUUAAAUGAUCAACAAGAUAAUAAGAAGAAGAAUAUUAUUCUUGUUACAUUUAAUCAAGUAACAUUUAAUCAAUUUAGAGGUAGAACUAGUACAAAUAAGAAAUAUCGUAAAUUAGAUGCUAGAAAAGAUUUAACAAGUGAAUUAAAUAAGAAACCAUUCAUUUUCACACAAUCACAAAGUGGACACGUUCAAAAUUUAAUUUUUAAACAAUCUGAAGAACGUUAUAUUCGUUCUAUUAAGAAAGGUAUUAUUAGAAUGUUAACAACUGAAACUAGAAAGAGAGCUCGUUCACAAACUGAUGGAUUUGGAGGUCGUUAUCAUAAAUCCUAUAAUAGAAAUUAUCAAAUUGGUAAAUUAACUAAAAAUAGACGUACAUUGAAUAUUCAUCAAAAAUAUAAUCAAGAUGAUUUUAUUACAGCACUUCCAGUGAAUAAGAGACAUUUACAUUAUGAAGGAACACAUAUUGUUAAUGUUUCUAUUAGAAAGAAUUUAAUUAGAAAUUCUUUAAUGAAAAUUCAUUUCACAUUUGGUCCUUCCAAAAUUGGAAAUGAAAAACAUUAUGCUUUUAAAGAAUUUGAAAAAUUAACAAAAUCUUCACAAAAAGAUAAACUUCCAGAACAAGAUGCAACAAGUGAAUUAGAAACUUUAUUUAUUGGUAAAAUUGAAUUGAAACAAGUUAAAAAUGUUAAAUUAAAUCUUGAAAAGGAAAUUCAAGAAACUAUUAUUAAUUUAGAAAAGAAUGGUCGUUCUGCUAAAUUAGGUAAUGAAUUUACUUUUGAAAAUUCAUUUUCUAUUAACAAAUUUGAUAAAAAAUCAAUGAUGAGUUUAAAGAGAAGAGAAUUUUCAUCAAAAUAUUUUAAUAGAUUAUUGAAUGGUUGUAAACAAGAUCCAUCUCUAUCUAGAAAUUCAAAUAUUUUAUUAGCUGCACUUGCUAAAUAUAGUAAAUUACAUCCAAUCAAAUCAGGUGAUAUUUUAUUAAAUGAAUUAGAAAAGGGAAUUAAACAAUUAAAUAAGAUGAUGAUUAAUGAUAAUAAUGAUAAUAAUAAGAAAUCAAAAGAUAAUAAUAAGAAAUCAAAUGAUAAUUCAAAUAAUUCAAAGAAAUCAAAAGAAGAACGUUUAUCAUUGAAGAAUUAUUUAGAAAGUAUUCAAAAUUUAGUAGCAACUAUCAAAUCACAACGUAUUCAAAAUUCAUUGGUUAAAUUAUCAAGUAUGCAUCCAUAUUUGACACAUAAUUUCAUUUAUGCUUCAAUUGUAAUUCCAUAUCCAACUGAACAUUCAUUUGGUUUAUUAAAAUCAUUGAAAUCAAAGGGAUUAAAAUUAGAAAAUUCACAACAACAAUUGAAAGAUGAAAUUAAUAAUCAAGAUGUUAAAAAGAAUGCAUUCAUGGCCUAUGCUGAUUUAGCAAGUAGAAUUCGUUCUGUUAAAAUUCAAAGAGAAAUAGUUAAGGAAAUUAUUACUAGAAUUGGUGAAUCAACAACAUUAACUGAAUUGACUACUAAUUUCCAUGCAUUAAAUAAUGCAGGUAAAGCAGUUCAAGUUGAAAUAUUGGAAGUAUUCUUGAAGGAUGAUAGAAUUCCAGAUACCAUUAAAACUCUCAUUGUUGAAAAUUUAAAGAAACGUUUAAAAGAUGAAAAUGAAUUAGAUGAAAUGGUUCAUUCCAUUCUUGGAUCAACAGGAUAUAGUCCAACAUUGAAAUCAUCAUUAAUUAAUGCUCAAUCUGAGAGAGAGAAACAUUUGAGAAGAGGACAAUCCAUUCCACAUGUUGUUUCACUUCAUAGAAAAUCAAAGAAUGAAGAAAUUAGAACUUCCAUCAGAAAUUAUCUAUACACUGUUGGUACAGAUCAAGCAGGUGAUGAAUUAGCUAAAAUGUUAAAACUCUCUCGACCAAAUAAGAAACAAUCAAUGAAGAAAUUAUAUCAACAAUCAUUGAAAAAACAACAUGCUAGUAAUACUCUAUCUAAUUUAUUAUCAGAAGAUGAUAUGGAAUUAUUGGAUUCAAUUCAUGAUGUUGAACAAAAUGUUCUAUUCAGAAGAUUCUUUAGAAGAUUGGGAAGAGCUUUCCGUAGAGUUGGUUCUGCUAUUAGGAGAGCUGCUAGACGUGUGGGUGGUCAUUUGAGAAGACUCGGUUCUAGAAUUAAGAAUAUUGCACGUAAAGUUGGUCGUUCCAUUGGUAGAAUUGCUAAAGCAGUUGCCAAGGGAGUUGUUAAAGCAGUUAAUUGGAUUAAAGAUAAAAUACUUGCAGCUAUUAAUGCAGUUAAAAAGAUUGUUGAAAAGAUUAAAUAUUACUUUUCAGCUGCUAAAUUUGAAAAUCAAAAAGCCUGUAUGCAAGUGAGUGUUAAAUCUGAUGAUCAAUUGUGUUUGUAUCAUCCUGGUAUGAUUGAAUUUGUUAGAAAACAAGGUGAUUUAAGUAAUAUUAAGAAGGCUAAACAUUUUUCAUUUGAAAAAUUAUUGGGAACUAAUGCUGUACAUAUGUAUAUGGGAUUUUUAGUAUAUGCUGGUGCAUCAUUUGAAUGUAGUGCAGAAAAGACAGGAUUUGAUUUUGUUUUACUUGCUAAAGCUAAUAUGUAUGCUAAAUUAUUUAAGAAGGAAUUAGUUGUUAUUGAUGCAAGUGCAGAGUUAACAAAAAGACCUGAUCAACCAAUUAAUGAUAAUGUUUAUGUUAAAGUAUUUCAAACUACAUUUAUUAAUACUAAUUUUGUACCUGAACGUAUUAGAAAGAUUAUUGAAGCAUGUUUCAGUGAAACUAAACCACUCAUUGAAAAGAGAUUCCCUAAACUUGUUGAUUAUCAUUAUCAAUUUAGUAUUGGUCCUAUUCCUGUUAAUUUCAAUUUUAAUGUUGCAUUAAAUAUGGGAGUUGAAUUAAGAUAUGGUGUUUGUGUUGAAAAGUUAGAAGCUAGUGCAAGUGUAGAACCAUACAUUUCAUUAAGUGUAACAGGUAGUGCCAAUGUAGGUAUUCCAGUUGCUAAAGUAGGAGUCUAUUUGAAAGCAACUAUUACUUAUAGAAUUGUUCCACGUUUAGCCUUUGAAAAAUGUAAUUUAUGUGCCAUGUUACAACAUAAAUUAGAUGGUGUUACAUUUGAUGUUGGUUUAACUGCUGCCUUUAUGAAAUGGAAGAAGGAAUGGAAAUUCUUCAGACAACAAACUAAAGGUUACGUCAAGACAUUAUUUGAAAAAUGUAUUGGUGCUGGUAAUUAUAAACCAUCUGAUAAUGAUUCAAAGAAAUUAGAAUUCACUUCACAAAGAUCUCCUUCAAAUGAUCAAUCAUCUCAACAACAAGAACAACCAUCAUCAGAUGCUACUAAUUCAAAUGAUCAAUCAUCUCAACAACAACAACAAGAACAACAACAACCAACAAUGGAAGAACAACAACAAAAAGCAGAAAGUGCAGCUAAAAAUCCAGAAGGUUAUCAAAAUAAUAUUCCUGAACUUGCCAAUUUGAAAUCUAAAGUUGAUUCACCUGAAGAAUUACAAAAGAUUGCUCAAGAGAAGGGAGUUGGAGAUUGGGCUAAAAAGACAAGUCAAUACAAGUCAAUGUUUGGACCUAAAGCUGAAAGAAUUCCACUUUCAGGAGGUAAACCACCAAAACCAAGUAAGCAAAGUUUAAAGAGACCUGUCACUACUCAAAAAGUCAAAGCAUGGACAAGUGAAUUUUUAAGAGAACAUGUUCCACAAGAAGUUUUAGAAAAAGUUGGAAUUGAAAAAUUAAGACAUUUACCUGAUGAAUAUUUCCAUUUAAAGAUGGAAGAUAGAGCUAAAAUUCCAAAUGAAAUCUUAACAGUUCCACCUGAAGAUUUGAAACAUUUCAUUGAACAUUUACCAAAUAGAUAUAAUAAGAAGACUGAUUUCAAUCCACCUAAAAGUGCAUUUACACAUGUUUGGUCAACUGAAGUUUUACAAAAGAGAUUACCAAAAUCAGUAAUGGAACAAGUUGGAAUUGAAUAUUUGAGAAAUUUACCUGAAGAAAUUCUUCAAAUUAGAACAAGAGUUUUAGAAAAGAUUCCAAUUUCUAUUUACAAAUCAGGUAAUCAAGCUAUUGUUAAUUGGAUUUGUUCAAAUUACAAACAUUUAUGUUCAAGACUUGUUAAAUUAAUUAAAUCUGAUACUGGUAAAGAUAUGACACCAACUAGUACUGAACCAGCUCAACAAGAACAACAACCUACUACUCAACAACCAUCACAACAACAACCAACUACUACUCCACAACCAGUUGAAGAACAACAACAACAACAACAACCAAUUGUUCGUAAUUAUACUAGUGCACCAAGACAACGUCCAAUUCAAUAUAGAGAAGAUAUUGGUAGUGGUGGUGGUAGAAGAAGACCUGUUCGUAUUGACUUGAAUGUAAACAUUAAUAAGAAACCUCAAUAAUUAUAAAAUUAUUGUAAAUUAAAUAAUUCAAUAAGUACUUGAAUAAACAUUUUC